UUUAUCAGCGUAUCUGUAUAUUCUGCUAGCUCUAAUUGCAGGCUUAUCAACUUGAAGCAAAUCUCGUACGAUAUUAGAGAGCAAAGAGACAAUGCAUCUCUUAUCGUAAACCCUAUAUAAUAAUUGGUAGGCGCGUGUGCCCUAUAAAAGACCUAUUCAUUCCAGCACAUGCACUGUUGUUCCUGCAUCGCUCGUCGCUCGUACAUAAACAUGGAUAGCAAAGAAUUCGCAAAGCUUAAACGAAUGGAUGAGAGUCUCAAGUUGACGAAGGAGAUAGAUUGUGUGGUCUACACCUCCGAAUUGUUGGAAAUGGAUGAGGAGGGAGCCGAUCAGCCCAUGGCAGCCGAGCGUGAUACUUGGAGCAAAGGCGUUGAGUUUCUGUUUUCGUGCAUUGCGCUCAGUGUGGGCCUGGGCAACGUUUGGCGUUUUCCAUUUAUAGCUCUGGAGAAUGGGGGCGGUGCAUUUCUGAUACCCUAUCUGGUGGUCUUGCUGCUGGUGGGUCGUCCAAUUUACUACCUGGAGGUGAUCAUCGGACAGUUCAGCAGUCGCGGCUGCAUUGGCGCCUUUGAUUUGGCCCCAAUUUUUCGAGGUGUUGCCUAUGGCCAGGUGUAUUCCACUGCCUUGGCUACAACAUACUACGCCUGCAUCAUGGCUCUGACUAUCCGCUAUUUGGUGGUCUCGUUCUCCGAGGUGCUACCCUGGACGUAUUGCCUCGCCGAGUGGGGCGCUCAGUGUGUAGCAACCGGAGCAACGGCCAAUGAUAGCAGCAAUAUCAGCACCUCUCUACAGGGCAAAUCCUCAGCUGAGCUUUAUUUCACUCAGACUGUGCUACGUGAACCGUACAGUUUGGAUGAGGGCCUCGGCACGCCCAGCAAAGAAAUGAUCUUGUGCCUGUUGGCCACUUGGAUCAUCAUAGCCCUCACGCUUGUCAAGGGUAUACGCAGCUCGGGCAAGGCAUCCUACUUUCUGGCACUCUUUCCCUACGUGAUUAUGCUGAUCCUACUGGUCAGAGCGCUGACAUUGCCAGGCGCCUGGAAUGGCAUAGUCUACUUUAUACAGCCGCAGUGGAGUCAGCUGCUCAAUCCGCAUGUCUGGUAUGCGGCCAUCACCCAAAUGUUCUUCUCCCUGGCCAUUUGCUUUGGCACACUGGUCAUGUACGCCUCCUUCAAUGACUUCAGCAAGCGUGUUCACAAAGAUGUCAUCAUAGUCACUACUAUAGAUUCCUUUACGUCCAUUUUGGCUGGCUGCAUCAUCUUUGGCAUUCUCGGGAAUUUGGCCCACGAGACCAAUGUGACGGACAUAUCGAAGGUGGUGAAGGGAGGCGCCGGCUUGGCCUUCAUCUCGUAUCCGGAGGCCAUAGCCAAGUUUAAGUAUUUGCCGCAAAUGUUCGCUGUGCUCUUCUUCUUCAUGCUGUUAGUGCUAGGCAUUGGCAGCAACAUCGGCAUGGCCACUUGUGUGAUCAAUGUGAUCAAGGAUCGCUUCCCCCACCUGCAGCACUGGCAGCUCGCUAUAGGCGCCUCUAUCGUUGGCUUUCUCUGUGGGCUGGUCUACAUGACGCCCGGCGGACAGUUCAUACUGAAUCUGGUGGACUUCUAUGGGUGCACUUUCAUUGCCCUGGUGAUGGCCAUAGCUGAACUGUUCGCCUUCUCCUGGGUCUAUGGCGUCAAGCGUCUGUGCAGCGACAUCGAGUUCAUGCUGAAUGUGAAGACCGGCUUCUAUUGGCGCAUCUGCUGGGCCAUAAUGGCGCCGGGCUUAAUGUUCCUUGUGCUCGUCUAUAUGCUGGUCAGCUACGAGCCGCUCACAUAUAAGGGCGUCGAGUACCCAGAGGCAGCCUACAUGGCUGGCUGGCUYAUCUGGGGCCUGGGCGUGGCUCAGCUGCCCUUCUGGGCGCUCUACACAAUCUACCAGCAGCCGGGUCACAGUUUCCUCACCAAAUUUCGACUUGCUCUGCAGCCCACCAAAGAUUGGGGGCCACGUCAGCCCCAAAAGCUGCAGGCAUAUCUGCUGCAUCGCCAGAAAGUCGUGGAAUCCAAGCAGCGGCGCGGUAACUUCUUUUUUGACAACAUUUUUGGUUAGCUCAGAAAGUAAAGCGUUACCCGAGGUUAUCUAUUCAAGAGCGGGCUCAAAGCAAAGCGAAA